AUGGCAACAAACUCCCUUACCAGUAGUACUACCAAUUCAACACCAUGCUCCACACUAGCAUGUACCACACUUGCUAAUGCUAUUCUUGGUGAUCUUGACCUCAAUGUGGAUCCAUGCUCUGACUUUUACCAAUACACUUGUGGAAGUUGGCUUGCAAAAACCACGAUUCCUGACGACAAAGUUUCUACAGGAGCAUUGGAGAAAGCCAAUGAUGUCAAUACAGAAAUCAUGCGAUCCAUCUUGGAGGGAACAUACGACGACGUGUAUGCCAAUCUUGCUGGCUCAGAUGAAGGCUUCCACACACAAGAUCAGCAAGAUGCUGACAAGGAAAACUUCGAUACCAUGCAGAAAUACUAUAAAGUGUGUUUGAAUGAGAACCGCAUCGAUUCGUUAGGGCCUACUCCCAUUUAUCAGGAUGUUGCUAAUUUAGAAAAUGUGCUGUUCCCGGUCGAGAAUGAUAUGCAAAUUUUUUCCAACAAGACUACACCAUUGCUCAGCCAAACAUUGGCUAAACUGAAUCAGCUUUCCAUCGCUGCACUCAAUGUAUUUUACAUCAACCCUGACGACAAACUUCCAAACAUCAAUGCCAUUCUGGUGGAUCAAGUCUCGCUUGGAUUGCCCUCAAAGGAGUACUACGAAGUCCCAGAGACAUUGGCCAAAUACAAGACUGGUUUGAACGAUAUUCUGACAAAGACUAUUGGCACCUAUUCCAAUCACACGGAGGAUGCCAAGUUGCGUGAUACGGAAAGCAAAAAGUCCAACUUUACAAGAUGGUCCAGCGAGAAAAUUGCAGCUGCUGUGGAUAGAUUCAUUGACUUUGAGACUAAAUUGGCCAACAUAUCCCUUAAGGGCGAGGAAAUGCGUGAUCCUGUCAAGCUGUAUAAUCCUAUCAAAGUGUCUGAUUUCCAAGCAAACAACUCAUAUAUUGACUGGACUUCUCUCAUCGCAGCUCUCGUUCCCAGCAGCGUUCAACCACCCGACAGUGUUGUCAUUCGAGCCACGCCCUACUUUGAAAGGCUCAAUGAGUUACUCUCUAGCGGCAAUGUCACUGAAAGGACCCUGCAAGAAUACUGUAUCAUCACAUUUGUCACUAAAAAAAUUUACGCCUUGGACAGCACAUCGCGUGAAGCCUCUCGAAAGAUGGAGGGUGAGAUUUCCAGUGGUACAACAGCAGAGCGUCCUCGUUGGGAAACUUGCACCAACUAUGUCAGUAAUGCCAUCUCGAAUUCCAUGGCCAGACUCUAUGUUCUCAAAAAAUUUGGCGGUGAAGCAGAGCGUAAAAAGGUGGAAACCUUUUUGACCAACAUUCAUGAAACCUGGCUGGAUCGUUUGACUGAAAUUGACUGGCUUGAUAAUCAAACUAGAGCCAAAGCUAUUGAAAAAGUGAAUUUGAUUAAGCACCAGGUUGCUUACAGUAUUGUGUCUCCUGAUUUGAGACAGCCCAAUGCUAUCAAAGAGUACAAUGAUGGAAUUUACAUCAAUGAAACUAGCUUCUACGAUACGGAAGACAUCCUCACCACUUGGUACACAAGAAAGCUCUGGGAGAAGGCUGGACAACCCGUCGACCAUGAUGAAUGGCUCAUGUCUCCUCAAACCGUGAAUGCCUAUUAUUCUCCCAACAGCAACCAAAUAGCCCUGUUGGCAGGCGUCUUAGUUAACCCACUCUACAACACUACACAGCCGGAAUACUUGAACUAUGGUGGCAUUGGUAUGGUUGCUGGCCACGAAAUCACUCAUGCUUUUGAUAGCAUUGGCAGAAAAUACGAUGGCAAAGGUAUAUUGACUGAUUGGUGGACAAAUGCCACUGCUGCCCAAUUUGAAGAAAAGACGAAAUGCUUUAUUGAUCAAUACUCUAAAUUCACUGUUUCUGGACCCAAUAACUCAACUCUUUAUGUUAAUGGCUUGUUGACUCUGAGUGAAAACUUGGCUGACAAUGGUGGCGCAUCUAUUGCGCUGACUGCCUACAAGAAACUUGCUAAACAAGAGCAGGCAUUACCAGGAUUGGAGAAAUUGUCACCUGAGGCUCUAUUUUUCGUCAAUCUGGGCCGUUCUUGGUGCAGCAAGCAAAGAGACGAAAUUGCUCAACAAUCAAUUUACGUAGAUGUACAUUCACCCACCACUGCUCGCGUCAAUGGCAUUGUGCAAAAUAGUGCUGAAUUUGCAAAGGCAUUCAAUUGUCCUGCUGGUAGCCCAAUGAACCCACAGAACAAGUGUACCAUGUGGUAA